AUGACCGGCGAUUCCAAGCCUCGGGUCUAUCUUAUCGGCGCCGGCGGUUCAAUUUCCUUCAUUGGCGACUUCCGCACCGAUUACAUCAACUACAGCUACCGCAACCGGCACCUGACCAUCGAACAGAUGCUGGACAACAUACCCGAGGCCAGGGACUUCGCUGAGGUGCUGCCGGAACAACUGGUGAACGUGGGCAGCGCCAACAUCACUCCCGCCCACUGGCUUCAACUGGCCCGACGCAUCAACGACAUAUUCGCGCUGGAUGCCCAGGCCGCCGGGGUUGCCGUUACCCACGGCACCGCGACGCUGGAGGAGACGGCCUACUUCCUGAACCUGACCGUGAAGGACCGGCGGCCGGUGGUGGUAACCGGCGCCAUGCGGCCACCGACCGGCAUGGGAACCGACUCGGACAUCAACCUGCUGGACUGCAUCCGGGUGGCCGCGGCGCCCCAGUCGGCCGGCCGAGGGGUGCUGACGGUGCUGAACAACGAGAUCCAGGCGGCGCGGGACGUAACGAAGAGCAACAGCUACCGGCUGGAGACCUUUCGUUCGGGCGAACUGGGCUGCCUGGGCUACGCCGACUCGGACGAAGAGGUAGUUUUUUACCGAAGUCCGGCGAGGGCCCACACCGUGGAUAGCGAGUUUGACGUCAGUGAGGUGGAGGAACUGCCCCGGGUGGACAUCGCCUACGCCUACGCCGGGGCCGACGGCCUGGUGGUCAACGCCUUGGCCGAGGCAGUGUGGGCGGCAUCGUGGCCGCCGGCCUGGGCGGUGGCAGCUCGUCGCCGGAGUUCAUGUCGGCGCUGA